AUGGGUCACCUUGGUAGCCGCGGCACAGCACAUAGACAGAAUUCUGAAGCGAAAUCACCAGAUGCGCCUAAUGGUCCUGAAUUUGAUGGUCAAGGACAACCUCUUUCUGAAAGCAUUAUACAUUAUUUGGUGUCAAAAGGAGCCAAUGUGAAUGCACAGGACAUGUAUGGAUUAGCACCAUUACACUAUUCUGCAAUGAGAGGUAAUGAUGUGGCAGCCAGAGAAUUACUAGAUUGCAGAGGAAUCAAUAUUGAGGCUGUUGAUAAACAGCAAAUGACAGCAUUACAUUUGGCUUGUACCCAUGGCAACACACAAGUUGCAAAUAUACUAAUUGAUGCCAAAGCUAACCUAAGGUGCACAGAUGAAGAGAAUGGGACUCCCCUGCAUGCUGCUGCUAUGGAAGGCCACUUAGGUAUAUGCAAAUUGUUAUUUAAUGCUGCCUACCAGAAAGAUGGAUGGGUGACAAUAUCACAGAUGGUGACUGAUACUGACAUAGAAGAUAACACAGCAUUGCAUUUAGCAGUUGAUAAUGGACAUAUUGAUGUUGUGAAACUCUGCUUGGAAAAGAAAUCAGAUAUCAACACGUGUAAGAAAAACUUCAGUACACCUUUACACUCGGCUGCUGCAUCAGGUAACUUGGAUAUAGUGGAAUUAUUGUUACAACAUAAUGCACGUAUUGAUGCAUUAGAUGAGAACCAAGCCACUCCAUUACACAAAGCAUGUGCAUUCAAUAGAUCACAAGUGGUGGAAUUUCUACUUUCCAAACGUGCGAAAAUCGAGAGACGAGAUCAAGAUAACUUCACUCCAUUGCUGAUUGCUUCAUGUUAUGGACAUAGUGAGACUGUCAAGUGUUUGUUAGAUGCAGGAGCUGACAUCAGUAAAUGUGAUAAGAAUGAUAAAUCAGCCAUCUAUUGGUGUGCUGAGGAAGGCAGACAGGAUGCUUUAAAUGUGUUACUAGAGGAUCCAUUGGCUAAAAGUCUGCUGGAAGACUCAGAUCGCUAUGGCAACGUACCUUUACACAUUGCGGCACAGAAAGGAUUUGUAGGAAUUGUUAAGUGGAUAGUACGUGAGUUAGUUCGCCGCAACAAAACUAUCAUUAAUGAUGAGGAUGAGUUGUCCAACAGUCCACUGCAUCUUGCUUCACUGGAAGGCCAUGUGAGAGCUCUACAGGCACUUAUUGACAGCGGGGCUGAUAUUCAAGCAAGAAAUUGUAACUUGUGGACACCAUUGGAUUGUGCUGCUGCUAAAGGCUGGAUGAAAUCAGUACAAGCGUUAUUAGAAGCUGAUUCUCCUGUGGAUCCAACAGACAAAGCUAAGACAACCCCUCUGCAUUUAGCCAGUAAGAAUGGACAUGUGGAUGUUGUUGGAUUGUUAUUAGAUUGGCACGCUGAUCUUUCAUUAUGUGAUGACACUGGCAGUAAUUGUCUAGAUUUGGCUAUAGAUAACAAUAAGAAAGAUGUUGCCAUGGCAAUUAUCAAUCAUGCCAAUUGGCGCAGAGCCAUGGAGAAUGCAGUCAGUGAUCCCAAUAAUGGAUACUAUCUGACACCGAUGAGGAAAUUGAUUCGCAAAAUGCCAGAUGUUGCUGAGAAGGUGUUGAAUCGCUGUACGAAACAAACGAUAAAGCUAUAGAGAAUGCAGAAUAUAGUAUAGCAUUUGAUUAUGAAUUUUUGGACGAUAUGUUCAGCAAUUGGAAGAAAGAAGACGCUAUAUCUGAUGCGAUGUCGUCAAAGUCUGACAGUGGUUUUGAAGAUGACGGUUCAUUGAAACCAAGUGCUCAGCCAUAUUCAAAGAACUCUACUAUACUCAAGAUGAACCACCCCCUCAUGAUAAUGGUGCAUUCCAAGAGGGAAGAGCUUCUUGGACAUCCAUUAUCCAUCUCGUUAUUGAGACAUAAAUGGAAUAAAUACGGUCGCUGGGUCUACUACACAUCACUCUUCAUUUACUGUGUGUUUCUAGCAGCACUGACUUCAUAUAUACUGAUAAUGCCACCUCCUUACUAUGUCUAUAACAAUGGUACGACUAAUAUAUGGUAUCUGGAUGGACAAGAGAAGUUUGGUCAAAACCCCAACAAUCUAGAUCUUACACCCUUUGUUGAAGUGUGUAAAUGGAUUGUGGUGGGCUUAGCAUGCC